AUGGCGGAGGACAUCUACCGUCGCUUCUUGGAAGCCCCGCUGCGCCUCAAGGCGCGCAAGCCGUCCCCUUCUCCGCCAUCAACACCACCGCCCUCCACACAGCACUAUGACGCCUCCAGGCCCAGCCCUUGGGGUGAUUCACCAGCGUUUUCCACGCGAUCCAAAGACGUCAAGAAACUCCGGCGAAAAGUGGCCAAUAUCAGGAUUUCAGCCGAAGACGCAGUGAUUCCGCGGGAUUUAGAUGACGAAUUCAACGCGGCAGAAGCCUCUGACACGGAAGACAGCGUCGGAACAGGAUCGGCAGCUUCAGGGUCGAAGGAGAAACAGGUUAAAGCGGGCUCAAAGUCUUUGCUAAAGAAGAAGAAACGCGUCACUCGCUCUGUGAGCAUGACAGACGAGGAGACGGGGGCGGAAUUUAUGGAUACGCCGACAAAAGCGUCGAAGCCGCCGAAGCGCUUCCGGAAGUACAGUCGGGACUUGGGCAGCGGCAAGAAGGCGAAGACGAACGCAAAGGCAAAGAAAAAUGUGACCCCACGGAGAAAAAGCUCGGUGACAAUCACGUUGCCGCUGCGUCGAAGUCGACGACUCCAGCAUAUUAAAGCCGAGUCGCCGAAACCAGCAGCUCCAGCAAUGCCGGUGGAUUUGGUCUCAGGCUAUUGCGAGUCUUUGCUGUCAACUGACACUAUCUCGGGCUGCUUCUUUGCGCUGUCACUUAAUGCUCUUCGUGACACGCAGCUCACGCUUGGGUCAAAAUCCGAGUCCAGUGAGUCGAAUCCGUUCGAAAGUGUCUUUACGGUUUGUCUCGGUAUCGCGGAGUGCGAGGGGCUAGCGCAGCGUUCCUUCCCGUCGAAAACUCCGAAGUCGACACCACCCAAGUCCCCAAAGUCGCCGGGUGUCGAAGUGACGAGACCGAAGAGACGAAUCUCGUUGAAGGACAUUAGGAAACCGAAAAAGACGAAAAAGAGCGUUCGCUUCCGAAGCUUUGACCUCUCGUGCCUGAAUCUGCAGUAUGUGGAGGACGAGCACGUUGCCAUCAUGGUGGAUCAGAUUUUGACUCGCUACGGCACUAUCAUGGAGUACGUCGAAACGAUUGAUACGGAGGCUGCUGCACUAGCGACGCAGGCUCUGCGCGAGCUUGCGCGUGUGAUGGCAAGUCCGUCCGAACUGUACAGCAGCAUUCACUCCGAUGGUGAUGAUGCGGUGAUGGAUGCAUUUGAGCGGAUAUACAGGCGCACCUACGGUGGACGAGACCCCUACAGCCAGCACGAGAUCCGAGUUUGUGGCGAAUACUUUGCUCGUCAAUUUGCCAACUUACUGGCCCCGCGCACUUCACCGUCAACAACGCCCCAGUUUUUGCAGGGUGUAUUCUCCUCGCUAGCAUCAUCCACGAUUCGGUUCAAGCUGCGCGUGUUGUUUAUCCAAAGCGAAGACUUUGGUGAGAACGGAAGUGGUGAUGAGGUGGUCGAAUCUCGAGAGCUUUUAGAUGAAGAUGGCAGGCCGUUUCCAGUAAUGGCACCGUACGAGCACCAGGACCUUGGAGCAGCUAUUCACUGGGCAUUGCAGGAGUCGUACCUGUAUUGGUCGCUGGUGCAGCCUCUUGCUGAUAUGAUAGAGAACAAGAAGAAUGACAUUUCGACGAGUCAAGAGCUUGAUGAGGACUCUCCACUAAAGAAACACCUGGACGAAAGCGCGGCUGAAGAUUUGGAUCACAUGGAGAAAUACGUGCUUGCCCGACGAUUUCUCCGGUUUCACCUAACUAAAUCAUGGCGACGCAGAUUAAUGGACACUGACACCGCCGAAAUGUGGGCAGCAAUCGAGAAGGUAUGCUCACUAGCUAAGAGAUUUCGCUUUGAAGACGAAGCUCAUCUCUAUCCUCUGGUUUCUGUGGAGGAGUUCGUUGCCACAUUGACCCGUGAAGAGCCCACACUUCAGCGAAUGGAAGAGACUUUGCAAACGUUUUACGAGCAGAAAUACGGAAUAAGCGCCUUGAACCCAGAGCCCUGCAUGGAAUGCCACAACAUGAUCACCAGAGAAGAAAACCCCAUGUCCAUCAGAUGCACUUCGUGCGCUCGCCGGUUCCACUUGGGAUGUCUGCAUCUUCCUGAGUCCUUUGCACAGUUCGCGAAUCACUACACGUGUCCAGCGUGCUUUUUGGGUCGUGGUGGCUACUGA